CGAAGGCCGCGCGAGCGCGGCGGCUUCUAGCCGAGAAGAGCCGAGGGAGCCUGGGGCCGGAAGAAGCGGCGCGGCGACCGCGGGAAGAGCGCACCGGCCCCGAGUCGGCCCCGGGAGUCUGGCCCGCGGAGGCUGGCGACGCGGACGCGAGGAGGGCUACUGGCUGCCUUUGAUCGCCAAUUUUUAAAAUCUGGGAUCGGUUAGAAUCAACAAAACGUGAGGAAGAUUCAGGAAGACACUGCCGGAAAUCGUAGUAUCCAUAGAGACGCUGUCGGAAGUUGAGGUUGCUAGGAGGCCUAGGCGCGUCCAUUGAACUGCGUAAUGGAGAAGGUCCCAGAAGAUUAUGAUUCUAGUCCUGAUGAAAAUGAGAAGUCAGAGCCUGAGAGGCCUGAACUUCGUAAAUUGUCUGAAUAUGCCGAACCAGACACCAAGACAGAGGCAGGCUACGAGCUAUCCCCAGAAAAUGACCAAGUGCCACAGCCACUAGAAACUGAGAAAGAGGAAGAGUCAGAGAUUGCAAAGAAUGUGCAGCCAAAACCAACCUGGACGUCUGAGGAAGAAAUUCCUAAGGAGAUCGAGGUAGAGCCAUCUAGCCAGACUGAUUUAGGGAUUCCCCAAGUGUUAAAGUCAGAGUCAUUGGGAGAGAUGGGAGACGAACUUUACAAGGAUUUAGAGGCACCAGACCUAGAGCCACAAGAGGAGGCUAAAUCAGAUGUUACAGAGGAUGUACUCACAGAAUCAGCUUCAGAAACAGAUAUACAGUUACCAGCGGAAACCAAGUCUGAGGUUCCGGGGACCACAAUCAAUAUGACAGGAUUAGAGUUACUAAAGGAGUCUGAACAGGAGGUUCCAGAGGAAUCACUUAGAGAGCAGAAGAAGGAAACAGAUCUAGAACCUCCAGAGCAGUCCAAACUAGAUUUUUCAAAUGAGAAACCAAAGAAAUCAGUUGAAGAGACAGAUCUACAGCCAACAAAGAUGACCAAACCAGAGAUUCCAGAGGAGACACAAAGAAAGUCAACUGAGCAGUCUAAACCAGAGUUUCCAGACCAGAAAUCAAGAAAGUCUACUGAGGAAGCAGAUCUAAAACCUCCAGAAGAGACUAAACUAGAGGUUCCAGAGGAGAUGCAACAAAUGUCAACUGAGGAGAAAGUUCCAGAGCGACUAGAUGAGGUCAAAUCUGAGCUUCCUGAGGAAGAAUUAAGAAAAACAAUUAAUGAAACAAAUCUAAAGCCAUCAGAAAAGACCACAUCACAAGUUCCUAAGGAAACAAAAAGAAAGUCAACUGAGGAAAAGAUUCCAGAGACAGCAGAAGAGACUGGUCUAGUACUACAACAUGAGGUCAAACCAAAUGUUCAAGAGGAGACACAAAAACAGUCAAUUCGGGAAAAAGUUCUAGAACUAUCAAAGAAUACCAAACCAACAGAUCAUAAAGAGAAGCGGAGAAAAUCAAGCAAGAAUAUAGGACUUGCUCCAUCAGAGAAGUCUGAAUCAUGGGAAACACCAAGGGAGUCAACUGAGGAGAAAGGUCUAGAGCCACCAGAGCAGUCUAAAUCAAAGUUUCCAAAGAAGGAACCAAGAAAAUCAAUUGAGGAAACAGGCCAAAUGCCACCAAAGAAGACCAAACCUAAAGUUCAAGACAAGACACAAAUGGAGCCAACUGAGGAGGAAAAUCUAAAGUUACCAGAUGAAAUCAAACCAAGAGAGAAACAUUCAGAAUUAUUCAAGGAAGAAGAGCCAGCACCAAUCAAAUCUAAGUAUGCUAUGGAUAAGGAUCAGCUAGAAUACCCCAAGUUUCAAACCAUUAAAGUGUCAGUAGAAGAAACUGACACAACUUUUAAAAAAGACUAUGCAUCUAGACGUCUCACACAAAGUGAAAUGGAAUCAACUAGUACAAAUUAUGAGUAUCCCUCAAAACUUCCAAAACUGCUUCAUCUUGUUGAUAUCUUAGACCUCCCAGAGACUCAGACAGGCUUAAGAAAGGCCUUUAGUGAAAAGAAAAUUACAGAUUCAGGCCAAGAAUUGAAAGAAACAGCACCUAAAGAUAAAACAUCCCAGCCAAAAGAAAAGGAAACUGCAUUACAAUUCGAAUAUCUUAAAUGGAGCCCAGAGAAUGUUGCAGAAUGGAUUAGCCAGCUAGGCUUCCCUCAAUACAAGGAGUGUUUUACCACAAAUUUCAUUAGUGGCCGAAAACUCAUCCAUGUAAAUUGCUCAAACCUCCCUCAGAUGGGGAUAACAGAUUUUGAGGACAUGAAGGUGAUUUCUCAGCAAACACGGGAGCUACUGGGAAUUGAAGAGCCAUUAUUCAGCCGCUCCAUCAGGCUUCCCCAUCGGGACAACAUUGGCCUAUUUUUAGAGCAAAAAGGUCAUACUGGGGUAAAAUCUGACUCCUUGACCUUCUCUGAAUUUGUCAAAACAAGAAGAUUAUGUGAUUAUGAUCCAGAAAUAACUGCCUCUGAAGAGAAUAAGGCUGUUAACAUUGUACGUAACUAUAGAAGAAAGGUAUUUCACUCACAUUGAGAGAUCAGACAUAAUUACUUGGGAGAAGAAGUGUGGCCUUUUUUAUUUUUCUUCUCUUCUUUUUCAUUAAGGAUCAGAGUUAGAACUGCUGGCUCCAUUCCUAGGUCUUCUGUGAUUCCCAGUACCUUCCCUUUAUUUGUGUUUCAAUUUAGACCCUCCUUAAAACAAAGAUAGCAAUUCUUCUUGGAUAAUUGUAAGAAUUCCUGAUACAUUCUAAUAAUACACCUGGGUAGUAGGAACAUGCUGGAGGAACUAUAACUAAAAAUAAAAUCUUCUAGCCCAGAUAAUCCUUUCCAUGAAUGUAGAAAAGAAGCCAUUUUAGUACUGAAUAAGUAUUGAACUGUUAUCACAUCAUAGGCAAGCUGUCAAAGAUACUGCAAAGUCAAAAAUAACUCACUCUUUAAGACAGCAAGACAGAUUACAAUCUAUUACAUGCAUGUUAAUUAUCCGUAUCUAAUGGAAAAAUAAAAAUUCUCGUAUCUUGAUCACAAAUAGGAAGUUACUACUUGGAGCCAGGCCCCCAGGUUAACCUCCCACAGAGAAAGGAGAUAGGGCACCACUGGUCUCAAUACUCAGACAUUUCAAAAAAGAUGGCUCCAAGGCCUCCAAAAGAACUCUCCUGGGGUAUAAAACUGGCAAGAGGGUUAUUUACCUUUUUAAAAGAUUUACAUAUAUCUUCAAAACAAAGGAUUUGCAAUCGUGUUUUCUAAAGGAAAUACCUUAGGAAAGAUGAUGGGGGAAGGUUCUCUUUCCCUAUAGGCAUCAUAGAAAAAAAAGUAAGAUUUGUUUUUUGUUUUUUUAGAUUUGUAUAUAUUCUUCAAAACAACAUGACUUACAGAAGUACCACUGACUAUGAAAAGGGUUUGGGGUUUACUUCAAGGUUCUUAUAUAUGGGAACUUCUAGAUCUUUAUAAAAUGAAAUUCAAGCUAGAAUCUACUUGUGACUAGACUUCUCAAAAGAAAUUAUUAAAUACUUCUUGCCUGAA